GUUCCUUGCGGUUAGAUCAGCGAAAGUAUCCACACACCGCCAUUUUUGCCUGGGACUGAUGGUAGAGAAUGGGAGAUUGAGUGUUAGCGUGACACGACACAGUCAGGUCUUACACUGGUAGCGCCAACUAGUGUUAGAAAAUGGAGAUAUAAACAAACGCACACGGUAAAAUGGCGACAGCAUUGGCGGGGGUAAAUCAUCUGCUGGGAUCAGGAAGAUUUAAAGAAGUCCUAGGAGUGAUAAAAGGAUUACGAAAUGGUGCAGUGUAUGGAGCUAAGAUUCGGGCACCGCAUGCAUUUGUUAUGACAUUUCUAUUCAAAGAUGGGAGUCUUCUUGAAAAGUUUCGAGAUAUCACUCAGAUGACAUAUCAACACUCUAGAAACCUGGCGUCAUUUGUUUUCAUUUACAAAGCUUUAACCGCAAUCAUGAAAUGGUUAGAAAACUCAAAGAAACAAUAUCAUUCAUUUAUUGCUGCAUUCAUUGGAGGAUAUUUAAUAUUUGGUGAGAAUAACAAAGUAAAUAUGCAGAUAAACUUGUAUCUCUUAUCAAGAAUAAUUUUUGGUUUUGUCAAAAUGGGUGUGAAAAAGAAAGUGAUUGCAGAACCUAAGCGUGAUCCAUUUCCAUGGUUUGGAGCAAUUAUUUGGGCUAUUAUUCUCUGGCAGUUUGAGUAUCAUCGUCAAUCUCUACAGCCAUCGCUACGGUCAUCUAUGACAUACAUUUAUGAAGACUCUAAUGUUUGGCACAAUCUGAGGGAUUUCCUGCUAUAUAAUAAAUAAACAGUUCAUGAAUAUGGUAGACUAUAGUUAAACCAAAAUACCUGAGGGGAACAUUUUUUUAUGCUUAUUUGAUCAAUGUAUUACAUUACAAUAUUACAUUAUUAUGUAGCAGCUCGUGUUGUGAGAACAUAAUUGUCGAUCAUUGACAACAUUAUAAAAACCUAACAAUUCAUGUGCAACUAUAUAUUGCUAGAGACUGGAGUAAGUCACUGUUCACUAGUAUAAAUAUGUAUUAAUUGUAUAUACAAAAUUAUAAGAAAUAUAAA